AUGGCUGACAAGGCGACCGACAAGCAAUUGAAGCAUCUUAAGAGCGACUUCGGCUCCUACUGGCACAAAGUUGGGUCACGACGCACCGAUUCGAGGGACUCGGUCUCUAGCAGCGACAGAAGUGCCGACGUCACCCCAGCGCCCGGCGCGUCCUCUCCGCCCCGGGGCAGGUCCGCUUCCUCUGGACAUAAGCAUAGCCGUAGCCACGGCGGCAGCCAGAGCCAACAGGCCCGGAACCAACACUCGCAGCACCGGCGCAAUAACAGCAGCACCGACAAGACACGCGCCACAACGCGUGGCAACGACAGUCCCGGCCCCUCGCCCAUCCGAUCUUCAGUAACGAGCAACCCCCGCCGGCAAAAGGGCGCAGCAGAGCCGUCUCCGACCCUCUACGAACCAGAACCGGAAGCAGCCCCUGCAGCUGCUUCUGCACCCACCUCGGCUCCAGCCUCGGCUUCGGUGACGCCAGCACAGCCUCCGGCCGAGGAAGAAUCCGCAGCGGACGAGGACCAGGCACUUGGCGGACCUCCAUUAGACACCGAAGAAGCGUCCGAGGACAACGACGACGACGACGACGACGACGACGACGACGACAUCCCACCACAGUUGCCAUCUACUGGGAAGGAUAAAGGGAAAGGAAAAGGGAAAGUCAAAGAAAAGGCAGUUGCUCCCUCGACCAACAUGUCGCAACGCGGACGAAGUCAGCGAGGGCCUAAUCGCAACAGCGGCCUGACGGAGGAACAGGCCUUGUGGCAGAACAUACAAGAAGGAGUCCGCACCGUUGUCGAUGAGUGCAACGCGAACAAUGACAAUCUGCGCUCCCUCGUCGCGCAGGACGAGUACAUGGCCAAGAACAAGGACACCAUGGACGCCGAGGAAGAGGAGAAGAAGUACGAGACCCAGAUCAGGGGGGGCCUCAAGGCCAACGAGACACUCCUGGACAGUCUAAAGCAGACGAUUGAGCGGGUGCAAAUAUUGUCUGCGCUGCAAAAGGCCAAGGAGCAAAAGGAGGCCGAGUCGAGAGGCACGCUCGGCAGCUCGCGCUCAGGCAGCGCCCUGCUCUCGGGCUCUGGUGGGAGGAGCGCGAGCAGGGCGGGUACGCGCGAGCGUGGCGAGAAGGGCGAAAAGGAAAAGGACAAGGACCCCUCAUCGCUGUACGACUUCGACGGCGCGGGCGACUCGCCUGUGCCGUCCCCCAUCGGCGGACACACUCGCAAGCUCGGCGGGAGCGGCGGCGGCGGCGGCGGCGGUCCGUCGAGCGACCGGUCAGGGAACCGGGACAGCGUGCCCCCCCGCGGCGGGGAUCGCGACACGCCGGCCAAGGCGGACAGCGUCGAGCCCCAGGUGCCCGGUAGCGCGGCGCAGCGCUCGCGCAUGAACUUUGUCAAGGGCCAGGAUGUGGCGUUCAAGGCCAAACCGGCCAACGCGGACAACUACGACUGGUUCCUGGGCAAGGUGCAGCAAGUGCUGGGCGAGGGCAAGUCCCGACGGUACAAGGUCAAGGACGAGGACCCGGACAUACCGACGGAGCAGAGGCAGGAGUACCGGACGAGUGCGAGUAGCAUGAUUCCCAUCCCACCGGUGGGCCAGGAACUGACGGACCUCGACAAGGGCAAAACGGUGCUGGCUCUGUACCCGGACAGCACGACGUUCUACAAGGCGGAGGUCAUGGGUACGGAUAAGGACACGGGCAAGGUCAGUCUGCGGUUUGAAGGGGAAGAGACGACGGGAACGCUGCAGCUGGUGGAGAGGAGGUUUGUCCUCGAGUACAGGAGCUAG